AUGACAGUCGAUCUUUCAGGGUUGACUGGCCAAGACAGACUAUAUUUUCAAGCUGUGAAGAAUGCACCGUUCAAGCUCGAACCGGCUGAUUUGCAACCAGAGGCAGAUCUAGAUAGAAUGGAAGUCAGUAGUGACGUGGAGAAAGACUUCGAGUCUCUACCUCCCCUGAAAAGAGCAGCUAUACACGAUGCUUCCGCACCUCCAGGGAAAAGACGCAGAAAGAAGACGUAG